ACGUCUGAAUUGUAAGACUAGACUAUAUAUUCAAGAUGGCAGCGCCAUGUGGGCAGUCACAGUACGGUGUAGAAAUACAUUUUGCUCAAAGAUUGGCAUCGAAUGUAACAAAAAUACGUGACAGGGCAGUAAAACGGUUAAGACACUGGAUAGCUGCAAGAUCGCAAAAGGAUGGAAAUAUUGGCAAUGAGGAAUUGAUGAAGCUAUGGAAAGGUCUCUUCUACUGUAUGUGGAUGUGUGACAAACCAGUCAUCCAAGAGGAGCUAGCAGAUCAAAUAUCAGAUAUGGCCCACUGCUUCAGACGGCCAGAAGAAGCUUGCCUCUUCUUUGAAACAUUCCUUGCUACCAUGCGGCGUGAGUGGAUGGGCAUCGAUCAUCUUCGCAUGGACAAGUAUCUCAUGCUUAUAAGACGCAGUUUCCGUCAGAUGCUGGUUGUACUCCACAACAACGAAUGGGAUGAAGAAUUGGUGAAGUGUUUCCUGACUUCCAUAAGUCGUUGUGCCCUGAAUCCUACUACUGAUGCAUGUCCCGAUGGUCUGAGGUAUCAGCUUGCUAAUGUCUACUUAGAUGAGCUUGCAAGGGAAGGCACAGAAGAUCUGAGUCCACAGCAGGCCUCUACUUUCUUAUUCCCUUUUGCGGAAUUGGUCACCAAAACUCUCAAUAAGAAGCUGCGUGAUGUGAUGCUCCAAGAUAUUUUCCAGGACGUGGUUGAAAGGUCGGACGUAGGAGAGGGGGGAGAAGAAGAGGAGGAUGAAGGGAUAGCAUCGGAUGAGGAUAGAACAAAGAGUUCCAAGAAUGCAGCUGUAAAGCAGAGGAAGAGGAAGAGGAAAGGAAAGGCUGACGACGAGGAGGAUGAUGAUGAAGAAGAAGAAGAGGAGGAGGAGAAAGAAGAUGACGUUGAUAUCUUGGCCAAAGUCAUGUUUCCGGAGGAGAUGGUUCCACCUCUUCAGUACGACUAUGGGAUGAUUGCAGACAAGUUGUUUGAUCUAGCCAGUGAGAAGAACAUUCCAACACGCAACAGAAAACCAAUCUAUAGAAUGGUUGAAAGAUUCCAAAGCUUAGCCAAGGGGGUGUACCCGAUGCCUGAUCUCCUGAAGCAGAUUCGGGAGGAGAAGGACAACCAGUACCUCAAGGAUGAACUACCUUGGUGGAAGAAACUACAGGAGAGGGAGAAAAAGAAGAACAGGAGGAGGAAGAGGAGGAGAGGGAAGAAAGGUGGAAACGACGAAGAUGGAGAAGAUGAUAGUGAAGAUGAUGGUGAAGGAUCUGAUGAUGAGAAGGAGGAAGAAGAGGAAGAGGUGGUUCUGAAGAAGAAAAAGAAGGUACAGCAGGAGGAAGAAGAUGAGACGGAGACGGUUAGCAAGAAGAAGAAGAAGAAGAAGCAGAAAAAGACAACCUCGAUUGAAGAACAGACAGAGGAAAAAGCAGCCACUGUUGAACAAACAACUGAUGUUGACAAUGAAUUCACAGAGUUAAAAUCCGCCAAAGCAAAAGGAAAGAAAAAGAAAGGAAAAAAGAGGGGAGAUGACGAAGUACUUGUAGAAGAAUCCGUCCAAUCAGAAGCCGCAAAUCCUGAAGGGGAUGCUGAAGCGGAAACCUUUCCUAGUCCUACGGGGGCAAGCAAGAGAAAAAAGAAAAAGAAGGGAAAGGCAAAAAUGAGUGAUGAAUCGUCUGAAGAUGCUAAAAGCAACACGGACAGUGAUUCUGGUUUGAGCGUAAAUAAAUCAAGCACGGAAAUAGUUGGAGAUUCCCCAGGUGACGUGGAUGGUGCGACUGUAGAGGGCGCUGCACCUGUCGAGCCACAAACUCCUAGGACAAAAUCUAAAAAGAAAGGGAAAAAGCAGAAAUCACCAACAGGCGAUGACACUAAUGAUACCAAUGAAAUGGAGUUGAACACUGUUGAUGUUGCGUCAAAAGGGUCAAAGGUCAAAUCAGCUCAGCAGGAAGGGUCGCCCAAACCAUUUGCAGCUUUCGAGAAGGUCUCUACUCCUCCAGCGUACGUGAAGAAGUCCAAGAAGAUGAUGGAACCCAGUACACUACCAAGAGCAAAGGCACAUAGCCGUGUUGAAACACAGUUCUCACCGCCAAUGACGAGAAAGAGGGUGAAGAUUGCGCUAUCCAUGAACCAAUUCCAAGCUGCGAGUGAAUACAAGCAGAGGAUCAAGAUGAGUCCCGGUGUGCCUUUCGAUGGAUCUAAGAAGCCAGCAUUCUCUGUCCUGAAGCAGACACCCCCAAGGUCAGAGGUCAAGAGUGCAAAGGUCAAAGGGUCAUCAAAGAAGUCUGGAAAGGUAGAGAAGAAGAGGGCAAGGGCAACGGACUUCUUCUAAUCUGAUUUCGAUGGAAUUAUUUUUCUUGAUUUUUCAUUAGGAAGUCCAUUUUUGUUUGGAGAACUGUUGAUUGCAUAAUUCAUAUUGCAGUCUAAUCGAGGGCCUCACUAGCCCCCUUUUUCACUGAAUAUUCAGGAAGGAAUUAUGACUAAAGUGUUAAAAUAUUCUCUCUUUGAGAUUAGAAAAUACUAUUUUCAAGAAAUAUAGCAUUUGUAAUUCUUAUUAGUUUCAAAAUUUCACCCAAUUUAUUUUGAGACCCAAGUUUUUAUGGCUAGUAUUUUGCCAAUUUGCAAUCAUGAGACCCUUAUUUUUAAUCAGAAAGUAUCAGCCAUAUUUCUGCAAAAUAUAAAUGAUAAAGAUAAUAACUUAUCUUCCAUUACUUUAUUAUUUUGUAGAAUCAUGUAGUUUGAAACCUUAUGUUUUUAUUUUAUGUUCUAAUGAAUACACUUCCUAAAGCACUCUUGUUUUGACUCAUUGAUUGCAACCGAUGGUCUUCUUUGAGGUAUACCAAAACGAAUUUUCAUGGUAAUCAAUAAUAAUCAAAUUAAUUUCACCGUUCGAUGAUACGAUGCAACAAGGAUCGUUUCAAAAAGCAAAGGAGAUUUGAUUGAUAGAUUUUAAGUGGUGCUAGUCUUUGAAGUUUGAGCCUGAAGCCAACUUUUCAACGCCUAAUCCAUGGUAUUUUGACAUUAUCAUGUUAUAUACUGAACCCUUUUGCAUUAAAAAAAAAGUUCUGUGAAGAUAAGUGUCCUUUACUCUUCAUUUAUUCAUAUUCCACAUAUUAUUCAAGCUUAUGAUAAGUAUUUACAUUGAUUUGAAGAGAAAGAAAUGCAGAGCAUGAUGACAAUAUUGAGAAUGAGAACAAUAGAGUAAUGGGAAAAUGUGGAUUGGUCUACUGAGAAGCUUAUAACUUUUUUUAGACGCCCAGACUAUUGAAGAAAAAAAUAAGAGAAAAUUGUCAUAGACCUUAUAUGAUUUAGCUAAGUAAAUUAACAAAAAUAAUGGAGUAUAAAACAACAAAUGCCACGAUAUAUGUGUACACAGUAAACAGAUGCAAUUAACAAAACAGUUGACACACAAUAAUUUGUUUAAAAAUAUUAUUGUCAAAAAUUUGAAAUAAAGACAAAAGACAGUAGGAAUUCAGUAAUAAUUGAUACAAAUUAAGUUCUUAAUCAAGUGAUUUAAUAAGUGAAAAUAUGAUCUGUGAGUAAUAUAAUCUGUGCAGAGCUAGAAGAAGGGCAUUAAGCCUGUGUUCAAAUAUAAGACUUAAAGAGAAGGUUGAGUUCUGGGAAGAGGUGAAAAAUAAUUUGUGAGAGUUAUUGUAUUAUGCAAGUGUGGAAGAACAUCGGAGAAAAAAUGUUCCCUGAAAAGCAUGGCUCUUCAAUGCCUUAAUAUUCCAAAUAUGGAAUGUAACAU